AUGAGUGUAUUAUCAAGCUCAAAUUACGAGUCUGAGCAAAUAAGGGCUCCAUCCAAGAAGUUGUCUGGGUUUUCAAGCCAGUUCUCCCCACACAAUAAUGUGCGUAGGGAUCUUUCAACCCCGAAGAUGUCAAGGUUUAACCAACAGAGGAGAUCUAGUAUGUUGCUUUAGAGUUGAAUAGUCCAUUCAACAGGAGCGAUAUGCUUCAAAAACUUGAGAGAAAGGAACGAAGCAGUAUUGUUCUCCGGAAAGUUACCAAUGCUCAUCUCAAGUCAGCUAGGUCUAGUGACAAAAUGAGUGUUACGAGUAAGGUCACGCUUCCUAAAGAGCUUUACAGAUCCAAUAAUAUUACUAAGGAGAAUAAGUCUCAGUGGGAGAAUACUAGCCGCAAGAUCAGAGCCAUCAUUCCUAUUUUUGUGAAGAAUAAUAAUGAACAAACAAGGAAAGAUAUGAGGAAAAUUCAUUCUCGUCGGAAAUCUAUUUUUAGUAUUUUUAGUAAGAGUUCAAGAAAAAGUAGAAAGUCGAAUAAAAGCUCUGCAUCAGAGUCGAAGAAAUCUGUUAAUAAAAGUGUCAAAUCUUAUCGCAGAGUCAGACAGAAGGACUCAAGAAAGAGUAUUCUUAGGAAAGUUCGAGAUGCAAGGAGAUCUACUCUGUUUACGAGAAGUCAGAAGUUGAUCAUGAGAUCCAAUCAGACUCCUUCUUCGAAGAAGACAAUGGAGUUGAAAGAGUCUACCAAAAGUCUUAGAGAAAACAGAGAGGCCAAGCCUAGCUCUGACUCAGAAAUAGAUGAAAUGCUUUCAACCAUUAUGAAUACUACAGAGAUUGAUGAGGAGAUUAUCAACCAAGGGUGCUUGGUCGUGGUCAAUCAAUUUGGAACUCAAAAGUCUAAAUAUAUGAUCGAUCCUGAUCAUACUUAUAAAGGCAUGUGGGACUUGUUUAACUUUAUCUUAAUUGCGUACCAAUGAGUGGUCACUCCUUUCAGGAUCUGCUUCGAUCAACCCCCUGAAGGAUUCACGUUCUAUGUGGAACUACUCAUGGAUUUGGUGUUCGUCAUUGACAUACUUGUGUGAUUCAAUGUUGGGUACUACCACAAAGGAACAAAAGUUAUGGUGAGAAAGAAGGUUAUUUUUAAUUAUAUCUUUGGAUGGCUCAUUCUUGAUAUUGUUGCUUCUUUCCCAUACAGCUAUGCGAUGGAGAUCUUUAUUGACUCUGGAGAUGGAGACAGCUCAGCGGCAGCAUCAACAGCCGCUUCAGCUCCGAGGCUGUUGAGAUUGUUAAAGAUUGUCAAAUUCUUAAGAAUUCUGAAAAUUGUCAGAGUUUUGAAGCUUAGGAAGCUAUUCCACAAGCUUGACGAUUUCUUAGUCAACGAUAUGAUGUAUAUUAUGACGGAUUCUUUCAAGCUUUUGAUAUUUAUAUUCAUGCUAGGUCAUUGGGUUGCUUGAAUGUUUUACUUUGUGGGUACUUAUGAUGAAAACCAGGAUAAUUGGAUAUACUCUUUGUCUCUGAAUCAUGAGAGUACUUAUGAUUUGUACAUAACUUGAGUCUAUUUCGCAUUCUCAACAAUGUCAGGUGUUGGUUAUGGAGAUAUGCGUCCGUUUACUAACAUUGAACGAAUAUUUUCUAUAUUCUGCAUGCUUAUUGCUACUGGGCUCUCAGCAUACCUUAUUGGAGCUUUAAGUGCGAUUUUUAAUCGAUCGAAUAUUCUUGCGAAGGAGAUGAAGCUAAAAUCCUUGCACAUCAACCAAUUUUUGAUGCAUCACAAGGUUCCAAACGAACUUCGGAUCAAGAUAUUGUCCUACUUAGAUUGUUUAAUUGAGUACAAAAAGGUCGAGAAGCUUGAGGAGCGGGAAGUAUUAGAUUUGUUGAACCAUAACCUCAAAGAACAGGUCAUUGCUUUCCUCAAUGGAAGCAUCAUUAAGGAGUGCAAGAUGUUUGAUCAGUUUGACCUCUCCUUUAUUGGCGAAAUCAUUUUCUGUCUUACUCGUAAACUCUAUUCUAUAAAUGACAAUGUAUUUGAAGAAGGAGAUGUAGCCACCAAAAUGUACUUCAUUGGUAAAGGAAGUGUCAUAAUUGUGAACUACAAGAAAAAGUGAUUUAUUCAAGAACUUGGGAUGAAUUCGACAUUUGGAGAAGCUGCGUUUUUCUCAGGCAAAUUACGUUGAGCAACUGUCAGAACAACUGCUUUUACAGAAAUGGUCGUUCUUGAGAAGGCUGAUUUUGAGAAGAUUAUAGCACAUCACAAAGAGGACGAGAGAUUGUAUAAAUCUAUGAAGAAGAGAAUCAUAAAGAAAAAUGAUUACUCUAAGCUCGGCCUUAAGUGCUAUAUUUGCCAUGAGCUCGGUCACCUUUCGAUGGACUGAACUGAGUUCUGGAAGAUAGAGGGCAAUAUAAUGAGAAAUUUGAAGGAGGCCAAAGUUAAUAAGGCUCCUCUAAAGUUUCAAAGAACAGUAAUCAGGAAGCUUAUUCGACCAUCCCAGAGAGGAUUCAGAGCUUCUCUCAACCCAGAGGACAUGAUGAGGAGCCAAAUUGAUGCUGCUAUCCAAAUAGUCAAAAGAGAUAAAGCAAGGCACAAAUCACUCAUGGGCGAUGGAAUCAUCGAAGAAGUAGAUGAAUAUUCUAGUUCUUCGUCAUCCUCUUCUUCGAGCAGCUCCUCGAGCUCUGAGAGUGGCUCCUCCUUCAAUAUAUUUGGGUCGAAUUCUGAUGAGGAAUCUUCAAGCAAGAAUAACAAAUCGAUUAAAGUAGAAAAGCUUUCUUCUAAGAAAAAUAUUCGGAAAAAGAAAAAGAAAUCUGAAGAUAUGGAAUCCCUGAGAAGUUCUGAAGAGGAGUUUUCUGUUGGUCAGGCUCCUUCGGUCGAUCAACUUGAGAAGCCAAUGUAAAUGCAUAAGCUACUUCAGGUUCUUCUGAGAGGUUGUUUGUCGAAUAAAUUUAUUCAUGACUAUAAUCUUCUGAUGCUGCCUGUUCAUCGACUUCAGCCUAGUUCAUUGUAUUGGAU